UGGUGACCUUGGCCGUGACCCCACUCCCUGCAGGUGUCUCAGGGAGAGUUGGGAAAAUAGAAAACAUUUCCAUUACACACUUGUGUGUAACAGGACAAAUAUAUGCACCCCUCCAAAUAAUAAUGAUUAUUAUUAUCAUCACGUUUUAUUUUCAUAGAGCCACCACGACCAGUGAAGGUUUCUAAUCAAACGAGGGAUAGUGAAAUGCAACAUGUUAAAGGUGGACUUUGUAUUAUUAAUUGCAAUGGUCAUAAACUGUACAGCACGAGCGGAGAGGAUGUCAAAGAAAAUUGGAAUCAUUGUGAAUGCAGCUGAACGUUUUUUGGUUUUUCAUAAUUUCACAGCCGAGGCUGUGGGUGAUGUACCGUCAUCACAGGCCCCUGAGCCUGCUAGGGAUGUAUUUUGGAGUGGACUUUGAUUGAAGACGUGGGAUGUGUUUUGUUAGUUGACGUGUCUAAUUUUAUAUGAUGUCGUUAUCCCCCUUUUCCGUAAUGCUUUUUAUUUCAUCCUCAUUCAACACCCCGUCUAGCUGGUGGCGGUAAUGCGCCAUUAACAUCGGAUGCCAACCGCCUUUAAACCCCAUUGAAGAAGUUUUACUUUUCUACUACUAUGUUUGCCCACAAGAGGGCAGUGAAGAGCGACAUCAAUAAUGAUAUGUCAUCAUUUUGAGACCGACCAUCGUAUGUUAUUUUUAUUUUUUCUCGGCCAUCUAAUGUCGUCCAUUCAAGUUGUGUUCACUGCUUGUGAUUUAAUUUGAUAAUUAUCCAUUAUUUGCCUGCUAAUUCUGCACAAUACUAAUAUUAAAGCAUAUUAAACAGUAGUUGGAACGUGUCUGUAAGGUAAGGAAUGUUGUCAUUUUAUAUAUUUAACCUCUAAUGUUUACUAUAGUAGAUGUCUGAAACUAGCUAGUAACGGUAGCUAAGAUUGCAUGCUAUCAAGCUAGCCAGCUGCUUCAGCACAUUUGUACUCUAUUAGCAAAAGUCCCAGUUUACAUUAGGGAUAUGUCUUGACAGCGCCUUUAAAUGUAAAUGACGUCUACAAACGUAUUGUUAACAUUCAAACACAACAUCGUAAGCAGAUAUCUUUUUUUUAAGAUCCUAUUCUGGAUUUUCUGUCUUGCCUCUGAUAUUGAACUCUUCAUUGUUGAAGAGCUUGUACGGAAACAUUUCCCUGUAUGGUUUACACCUGCUGUAAUCUGGCAUGUGACAAAUACACUUUGAUUUUGAUUGUAACCAGAUCUAGCGUUUCUUUCAAGUUUAAAACGAAACCAAUACGUUUCACCCCUGUUAUAGUCUUGUUUGUUUUAUGUCAAGUAAAACCAAGGCCUUUUCCCUUUCCUCUAGAUGAAAAUAUGUGUUAUUUUGUAAUAGUCUCUGACACAAGCAAGAUCUAUGAAGUUCUGCAAAAACAAAGAUCUGUGUUGGUUUUGGUCAUUGUUAAUAUAUACUUCAGUUCCUUUCAUGUAAUCAUGUGUUUUCACUUUGCAGGGUUUGUGGCGCUACUUUGUGUGGUUGUUCAGCAGAGUUCUACGUUGCCAUGGCGACUCCAGGGGGACAGGGGGGAGGGGCGUUGUCUACAAGAGGAGGAGCUAGGAGGAUGAAAUGGGCUUUGGCGAUGACAUUGGGCAAUGCCAGGGGUCGUGGUGACAGACAGAGUAACCAGGGAGAUGUGAUGUAUCCAAUUGGCUAUUCAGACAAACCAGUCCCAGACACCAGCAUCCAGGAAUCAGACAAAAACCUGGUGGAGAAGCGUUGCUGGGACGUAGCUCUGGGGCCCCUGAAGCAGAUUCCUAUGAAUCUAUUCAUUAUGUACAUGUCUGGUAACACCAUAUCCAUCUUCCCCAUCAUGAUGGUCUGUAUGAUGGCCUGGAGGCCCAUCCAGGCUCUCAUGUCCAUGUCUGCCACAUUCAAGCUGUUGGAGAACUCUAACCAGCAAUGGCUUCAGGGGCUGGUCUAUUCUGUAGGAAACCUGCUUGGCUCAGCAUUGGCUAUCUACAAGUGUCAAUCAAUGGGGCUUCUCCCAACGCACUCUUCUGAUUGGCUCGCUUUCAUAGAACCGCCUAUGAGAAUGGAGAUUAUGGGUGGAGGGAUGGUGUUGUGAAGAGGACAGAUGCGUGUGCACACUGAAAUAUGCUCAACUAUUAAUUAUGAAUACAUGAAAUCUCUUCCAAGUCAAUUCUCUGGCUUUUAGGUUUUUGUCAAACCCCUCAAGGUUUGUAUUGAUCCCUACACUUUGUUGCUGUUCAUUCGUGCGUUUUUAUUGCAAUUUUCACAGGUGAUCAAACGUUACAACUGAUAAUAUUAGGGGGGAAAUCACGUCCACCAUCCUACUUAAAUCCACAUUAGGUUAAAUUAAGAUGUCACCAUAACAUGUUUUUCAUUUCAACUUUUUGUCAAAUAAAAGGGGUCAAAAAACAAA